GUACAGUGAUUUUGUAGGUUAGAAAACCAAAAAUUGUAAACAUCACCAAAAAAUGGCAUCCCCACUGGAAGAUUUGGAAUUAAAAUUAGAAUUAUUUAUAGAAAAUAUGAGAUUAACUAGAAUAGUUGUAAGUGAUUUUCAACCACAAGGACAAAAUGUACUGAAUCAAAAAAUACAGGGAAUUGUUACUGGUUUGCAAGAAAUUGACAAAUUGAAAUCUCAAGUUAAAGAUGUUCACGUUCCAUUAGAAGUCUUUGAUUACAUCGAUCAGGGUAAAAAUCCACAACUUUAUACAAAAGAUUGCAUUGAACGGGCACUAGCAAAAAAUGAAGAAGUCAAAGGUAAAAUUGAUGGCUACAGGAAAUUGAAGGCAAAUUUACUAGUGGAAUUCAAUCGAGUUCUUCCUAAUGAAUUGGCGAAAUAUCGAGCAAUUCGCGGCGAUGAAUAAAUUAAGUAUUUUUAGAUUUUAUUUCAAAUUAAAUAUUCUACACUUUAAUUUAUAUGCUAUUUGUUAUUGAUAAUUCAAUAAUAAUAAUAUAAUUGAUAUUUUUUAAUGAUUAAUUCUCGUUCGAAUUUCUUAAUUUAAGAAUUUAAUAAUAAGAGAUAUUAAAAAUUUAA